AUGAAAUCGCACAGCGCCUCGGACCUCUAUCUCUUGACCAGCUCGAUCUCUGAAGCCCUCAGCACACUUAAAGCUCUGGAUCAGCCAACUGAUCAUUGGGGUCCUGUGGUCGUUCAUGUCCUCACUCGUCGGCUAUCGAACAAGCUCAGGGAGGCAUGGGAGAAUAAGAUCGGUGCAUCAACUGAGUACCCUUCUCUUGACCAUCUCCUUGAUUUCCUCCACGGUCGCUCUCGAGCCAUGGAGACUCUGGAAGUUGGAACGCAGUCCCUCUCUUCAACAAGCUCAUCUCGUCCUUCUCAAACCACAGUUCAGACUCGAUCCAUGACGAAGACUAGCGCCAAGGUCAACCAGAUGUCAGCCUCUCGUCCUUUUCAGCAGUCGGCUCCGCAACCGCAUGGUCCUUCUAAAAAAAUACAGUCCACACAAUCGACAUCCUGGACUGACGCUGGCUACCCGUGCUCGUACUGCAAGAGGGAUCAUUACAUCGCCUCUUGCAGUGAAUUUAAAGCUCUUUCGCCCAUCGCAAGGAAGGAAGUUGCCGACAAACUCUACCUGUGCUACAACUGCUUGGGAAACCACAGCAUUAGAGUUUGUCAGACAUCUCGAACCUGCAGAACUUGUCAGGAGAGGCAUCACACACUUCUGCAUCUAGAUCGCUCUCGUCGCCCAGCUCCGACUCGACCUACUUCACAGACCUUCUCAGCUCAGCCUCAACAUCAGCAAUCCGCCAGACCUGCUCAGUUAUCUGGGGUACCCUCAGUGACUUAUAACAAUGCUGGGGAGGAAUCUCUCGUGCGUCAAUUGAAGCUGAAGAAGCAGCGUAGCUCCAUCCAGAUUUCUGGUGUGGGUGAGUCGUCGUUUGGGACAAGGUCCGGCGAAGUUCAUCUCACGCUACAAUCGAUCUACUCAGUAGAACGCAUCAAUGUUCCAGCUCACUCUCUUGAUCAUCUCACGUCUUCUUUACCGACCUUCUCAGCAGAAGACCUCGAUUGGGAUCAUCUCGACGAUCUGAACCUACCAGAUCCAAAUUUUCGAGUCUUUGCUCCAAUUGAUCUGCUCAUCGGCGCUGAUGUAUUUGGUCGAAUCAUCAAGCCCAGCAUCAUCAAACAGGGAGCAGAUGCUCCAGUUGCUCAGCUCACAUCUUUCGGCUGGAAUGUAUUCGGUCCUACAGGCACAGCGCUAGCUCUAACACGACUUGCUCAUCAUUUGGCUGUCUCAGAGGUCUCCUAUGAUCAGCUCGAAGACCUUCUCUCUAAAUUUUGGAUCCAGGAGGAAGUUCCUGGAAGAGUUGACUCAGAUCUCUCGGCUGACGAGCUUAGCUCUCUAGCUUGUCUUCGUCGGAUUAUCGCUAGGAUUUCCAAAGAUCAGCGGUUCUUUCAGCUCUACUCUGACUUUCUCAAAGAAUAUGUCGAUCUCGAUCACAUGAGGUUGGUAGUUCCUUCUCUUGUUAGCUCUUCGUCUUCGGUUCAGGUGGAGACCGCUUGUUGUUCUGACGGGAUGACCUUGGCACAUGAAGCUAAGGCUUCAGGAGGGUUGAGGGUCUCUGAGGAGCUUCGAGUAGGACCAUCUGACAUUCGCAGGAGUUAUUACCUUCCUCAUCAUGGCGUAGUCAGAGAGAGCAGCGAAAGAACGAAACUGAGAGUAGUUUUCAAUGGGUCAGCGAAGACCAGCUCAGGGAAAUCGCUCAACGAUAUUCUCCAUACAGGGGCCAAGCUGCAGCGCCACAUAUAUGAUGUUCUUCGCUGGACUAGGCAGCACAAGGUCAUCUUCAUGAAAGACAUCACCAAGAUGUUCCGUCAGAUCAGAGUCCAUGAAGAUGACUGGCCUCUGCAGCAGAUUUUAUGGAUCGACUCAAAUGGAGGACUCUCAACGUAUCAAUUGACCACCGUCACGUAUGGGACUAGAUCAGCUCCGUUUCUCGCGAAUCGUGUUCUUCUCCAGCUCGUUGAGGAAGAAGGGCACAGAUUUCCCUUAGCCGUCGAUCCCAUCGUGAAGGGAAGAUACGUUGAUGAGAUCUGUGGAGGUGCAGAUACGCAUGACCAGCUCUUAAGAACAGCUCAAAAAGUUCGCUAUCUCUGUGCUGCCGGAGGGAUGCCUUUGCCAAAAUGGCACAGCAACAGUUCAGCUCUCCUCAGAUGGCUUGAUCCUGACAGCACCUCCAAUGACCAGCGAAUCUAG